AUGGAGGAUGUCAUAAUUUUUUGGGAUGCUCUAGAUGGACAAACUGCUCUUGUAGAUGGUUAUGUCUCUUUCUACUCUUUCUGCCGUAACAAGAGUGGAUAUUCAGGAGUGGCGACGUACUGUCGAGAAGAUGCUUCUCCUGUGGCAGCUGAACAGGGCAUUACAGGUCAACUGGCUGGUGAGAAUUCUGACAUUGGCUAUUGUCAAGAUGUUCUGGAUGCCUUUGGUAUAGAAGAUCUGAGAGCUUUAGAUGCUGAAGGUCGAACUCUCAUCACACAACAUCUUUUGGAAGGAGAUGCAAUUAUGGAUGUGAUAAAUGUGUACUGCCCUCGAGCAGACCCAGAUCGUCCACACCGGCUUGAAUUUAAGUUGAAGUUCUAUCAGGCUCUAGAGCUGAGGGCUAAAGCCUUAGUCAAAGCUGGACAUUAUGUCCUCAUUGUGGGUGAUUUGAAUACCAGCCACCGCCGCAUUGAUCACUGCAAUCCAGAGUCAUACAUUGAAGAAGAGUUUGAUGAAGAGCCCUGCAGGCUUUGGUUGGAUAAAUUUCUCAACGAAGCAGGAUUCAUUGACACCUUCCGAUGGUUUCAUCCGGAUCAAAGCCUUCUCAAGUACUUCAGGGAUUCACAGAUCUUGUCUGACAUAUUUGGAAGUGACCAUUGUCCAGUGAAAGGAUUUUUGGAUGUGAACUUUGCCCAAGUGCCCGGCCCAACUUGUCUUCCUAGUUUAUGCACCAAAUUUUAUCCUGAGUUUACUGGCAAGCAAAUGACCAUGAAGAACUUCUUACAGCAGAAGCACAACUAUAUGGGACAUCAUGUGGACACCCUCUGUGAUAGCAUCCCAGUGGAAAGAUCUUCUAAAAGGGAAGAGGAGGCCCCCUCUCUGUUCCAAGCAUUCCCAACCUUGCUCUCUCAGAACAGUGCGAAAAAAAGGACCAAAUCAAGGCAGGCAGUUCUGGUCAUGCUCUCGUGGCAUUGGACAUCCUAA